CCUGUCUUCAUGGUGCCACUUCUCUCUAAGACUUACUAUAUUCUCUCUGAGCUUCUUUCCACGAAAUUUCCAGCAUCAAUGAUCAGGGGAAGGUGUCAUCUUCCUUUUCUGCAAAAUAAACACUUGUUUGAAUUUCCAUUCUGUUGUUUUUCUCUUUGGUUUGGUGGUGGGUUUCCCAAUGAACAUGGCAACUGAAGAUGAAGGAUUUUCCAAGGAUGAUAACCAAGGCGCUGGAACCAUUGAAAAUAGAACUCAUGUCCCAAUUCAAAAGGGUCUAGAGUCAUCUGAAAUAACUGAUGAAGUCUCAAGUGGUCAACAUGGAACAAGGCAAAACCUUAUCUUGGAGAUACCCUCAAGAACUCAGGAGGAAGCAAGAGAAGAUUUUUUGAGAAUAAACAUGCCUCCAACUCCACCUCCAAGAAGAGUGAUUUUUUCUCCCAGUCCAAGCCCUGGUUUAUCCAUAAGCAAUGGAUCCCCCUCCUCAUCAAAAAGUAGAUCAACUAUUAAAACCCUUCUUCCCAAACUCAGUUUUAAAACUCGGAGCACAAGUUCAGAUAUUGAAAAGGAUGCCUUCUUAGCUCUUGAAGGUUCAUCCACAGUGGCACCAAAAAAGCCUCUUCUUUCAAGGACAUUAUCUCUUAUCACACCUAGAGGGAAGAAAACUUCAUCCUUACCUGUAAGCCCAAAUGCUCAUUCAAAUCCAGGGUCUGUACAUGGAGGGAACAUGGCUUCUCCAGCAACAGUUGUUGAGAAAGGACCGCGAUUACCAAUUCAUCGUUCCCGUUCAGUUCCUGAGCUUACCAAAGAAGGUAACACACCUGUAGGUGGCAUGUUUCGUAUAGUUCUGACCACACCAAGAUUGGAUGAGAAAGUUGCCACAACAACAUCUACGGCAUCUCCAACUGAUGAUAAAGUUGAAAAUGAGGAUGGUGGUGAAGAUAUUCCUGAAGAAGAAGCUGUCUGUAGAAUUUGUAUGAUUGAAUUGGGAGAAGGAGCUGAUACUCUUAAAUUGGAGUGCCACUGCAAAGGUGAGCUUUCACUGGCACACCAAGAAUGUGCAGUUAAAUGGUUCAGCAUUAAAGGUAAUAGAACAUGUGAUGUGUGCAAGCAAGAAGUUCAGAACCUACCUGUCACUCUUCUACGAGUUCAAUCUGUCCAGGCACAAAACUUGCUUGGGAGCCGAGAACUAAUGCAAAACUUCUACAGGGUUUGGCAGGAUGCUCCGGUUCUUGUCAUUGCCAACAUGGUGGCUUACUUUUGUUUUCUUGAGCAGCUACUUAUUAAAAGUAUGGGAUCUAGUGCUGUUUCCACAUCUCUCCCAUUGUCUUGUAUACUGGGUCUUCUUGCAAGCGUAACAGCUACAACAAUGGUUAGGAGAAAUCUUGUUUGGGUUUAUGCAACUGUUCAGUUUGGUCUGGUGGUUCUCGCUGCACAUCUUUUCUACUCAUUGACUAGUAUGCAAGUUGUUCUGGCUAUUCUACUGGCUACGUUUACUGGGUUUGGAGCUGUAAUGUGUGGAGCUUCUAUUGUUAUUGAGAUUUUCAAUUUGAGGAGAAGAUGGCUUGUUCAGUUGAAUCAGCAACAACGUUCGCAGGAGGUGGUACCACCUGAUCAACCAUCUGCAGCCACUCAUCAAGCUCAGAUUGAUUCUCAACUUCCUGAAAGUAAUUUGAGAGAUUCUCCUGCGCAAAAUAGCUGAUAGAAUAUAUUUUCAUAUUAUUUUCUUGAACGCUGGCAUCAUAAAGGUGUCUCGGGCUGUACAUAAAGUAGAUAUGGACAUGUUUGAGCACAUUACACGAUGGGUUUGAUGAAUCUCAAGUUAUAGCACAUGAAAUUACAUCGUAUACAUAUAAAAGUAUAUGAGAUUCAUGUGGGGCCAUGUGAAGAAAAGAAAGAGAAAAAAAAUAUGAACUUUUCAUACUUUUAUAUGUCUGUAGGAGAUAAUUUUAUCUCCUACAACAUGAGAAACCCUUACAUUACACUAUUGUUCUCCUUUCUCCUUUCUAAUGCCAUGGCAUAUAUACACUUAAGAUUGAAUAAUUGUGUGUCUAAUACGAGCACACAUGGAAUAUAUAUAUAUAUAUAUACAUAUAUAUAUAUAUAUUAA